AUGAAACUUGUAGGCAAGAAGGAGCAGGCGUAUGCGUCAUUAGACAUGGAAUCACCUGAUGCUACGUCCUCUUCUACAUCCAUGAGCUCCGAGUGCAGUAUGGACUUUACUAACCAUGUACGACAAGGCCAUCACGAUGAAAAUGUACGACUCUUUCAUACUAAUGUGGCCAAUGAUAUUUUGGCGGCACUGGACGGACCUGUGCGUCAACUUGCUUUUGAAACAAAAGGUGCAUUAUUAGCAACGGGACUAGCAGCAGUAUGUUACUUGCUUUCGUGGUUCCAAGCUGUGCUAAUUCCCUUCUUUCUUGCAAUUUUUCUCAUGUACCUUGUGGAUCCGUUGGUGGAAAUGAUUGAUGUUUCACCGAGAUAUUUUCUCUGUAUUUGUACAUCACGUGGGCGUCAUGCGCGACGAAUGUCGCAUGGAUGCUCACGUGCAUUGGCAUCGUUAGUAGCUGUUAGUUUAGUGUGUGUAUUUUUUGGACUAUUGGGCUACAUUACUGUACUUUCGGUCCAUGCACUGGAUGCUAGUGCUUAUCAGACAGGUUACAAUCAUCUUGUAUCAGGAGUGGAGAAUGUUCUUGGUCAUAUAGGACUACCGGUGAACAUUACGACGACACUGCACGACAAUGUUGACAAACUAGCGCGAGUGGUAGUCACCGAAACCAUGGAUUUGCUGUCUGUUAUGUUUUUGACGCUUAUCUAUCUCACAUACUUUCUCUGCACACGAACACGUGCUAGUGAUGCUGGUGGCGUGUGGUCCAAGAUCGACCACGACGUUCAACGAUUUGUGACGUUAAAGUGUUUUCUUUCACUCUUUGUGGCCUUGUUGGUAACCACCGUAUACGUUUGGCUAAAUGUGGGUCUAGCUACUGUGUGGGGUAUUUUGACGUUCAUUUUGAAUUGGAUUCCGAAUGUUGGAGCCAUGAUUGCGUCUCUUAUACCAAUUUGUAUCAUUGCCAUCACGCCGUCCGAUUUGAUGAAUCCUAUGGAAAAGUUUUUGGCAAUGUUUCUUCCAAUGUGCUUUCACAUGUUCGUGGGUAGCUUUGUGGAACCGAGGGUAUUUGGUCGGAAAUUGGAGAUUGAUCCUGUGAUUGUGAUUUUAUCGCUUUCGGCAUGGGGAUUGCUGUGGGGAGUUGUGGGCAUGAUGUUGUCUGUGCCGCUGACUGCUGCAACGAAAAUCACACUGAGCCAUCUUAAACUAUGGCCUGAGUUUGUGGCUUUGGUGGAAGGAACGUAUUUUACACGAUAUGGUAACAAAAGCACUCGAUCCAAGGAGGUUGACGACAAACAGGAAUUUGAAACUAUGGAAGUGCGGACUGAAAGUGAAAAGGAUCAUGCAAGUGGUAGUCUCUUACGGGUAUAA